GCUCGCGGAAAGGGAAAGCGAAAAAAUAAAAGAAAGAAAUACGAUGGCGAGCCCUCCAAAGGCGUGGAAGGCAGAGUACGCAAAGUCAUCUAGAUCAUCAUGCAAGACCUGCAGGAUGCCCAUCGACAAAGAGAAACUCAGGCUUGGCAAAAUGGUUCAAGCCACUCAAUUUGAUGGCUUCAUGCCUUUGUGGAACCACGCAGACUGCAUUUUAAAGAAAUCAAAGCAAAUAAAUUCUAUUGAUGAUGUACAAGGCUUAGAAUUGCUUCGUUGGGAAGACCAACAGAGGAUUAGAAAGUAUGUAGAUGGUGGUGGGCCCUCAAAUGCCUCCACUGCUGCUGUUAUUGAACGUGGAGUUGAAGUAUCACAAACUUCCCGUGCAUCUUGCCGAAACUGCGGUCAAAAGAUUAUGAAAGGAGAUGUCCGGAUAUCUACCAAGCCUGAUGGUCAAGGUCCUAGGGCCUUGGCAUGGCACCAUGCCAGUUGUUUUAUGGAAAUGUCACCAACUACACAAGUAGAGGAACUGUCUGGGUGGGAUACCCUCUCUUCGUCUCACAGGGCAACCCUUCUUGCCUUGGAUAAGAAGGCUUCUUCAAAUGCAAAAGAUAAAGAACCUUUACUUGAUUCAACAUCAAAGGCUGGUGCUAAAAGGAAAAGAGCUGUCAGUGGUAAUGGGAAAUCAAUAUGUGCCAAAGGUGAAGAGGAUCCUUCUGCAAGUGAAAAAUUAUCUGACAGGACCAAUGACAGUUUGGGAACUAAAUCUGCGAAAGCACCUGAACUUGACAUCCAACUGGAGGAGCAGACUAGAGCCCUUUGGGCUCUUAAGGAUGAUCUUAAGAAGCAUGUUUCUACCGUGGAGUUGCGAGAGAUGCUUGAGAUUAAUAGUCAAGAUUCAACUGGAUCAGAACUUGAUUUACGAGAACGCUGUGCUGAUGGCAUGCAUUUUGGAGCAUUAGCCAAAUGUCCACUCUGUUCUGGAAGGCUUCGUUAUCUUGAAGGCAUGUAUAGAUGUCAUGGCUAUUUAUCAGAAUGGAGCAAGUGUUCUUAUUCCAUGACUGAACCAGUACGUGUCAAAGGAAAAUGGAAAAUCCCAAAAGAAACAAGCAAUGAGUAUCUCCUGAAGUGGUUUAAGUCACAAAAGUCAAAAAAACCAGCACGUAUAAUGCCCCCAUCAACACCAACAGGACCCUCUGGAAACCAGGCUGCCAAUAGGAUCCCUCAGGCAUCUAAGAGUGAGAGUCUAGGGGAUCUGAGAGUUGCUAUUGUUGGAGAGUUGAAAGCUUCUUUGGAGGAGUGGAAGAGCAGAAUUAAAGAAGCUGGUGGACAGGUUCACCUCAAGAUAAAAAAUGACACAAACUGCUUAGUUGUGGGUGGGCCUUUAAGUGACCAAGAUGCUGAGAUAAAGAAGGCAAGGAGGAUGAAGUUACCUAUUGUUCAAGAGCAAUAUUUGGUUGAUUGCAUUAAAAGACGCAAGAAACUUCCUUUUGAAUUGUAUAAGAUUGAGGCCGUUGGGGAGACACAUAGCAUGGUUACAGUCAAAGUGAAAGGGCGGAGUGCUGUGCAUGAGUCAUCCGGCUUGCAAGAUUCAGGGCACAUCCUUGAGGAAGGGAAAAGCAUUUAUAAUACAACUUUGAGCAUGUCUGAUCUAUCAACUGGUGUCAAUAGUUACUAUAUCCUUCAAAUUAUUCAAGAUGACCAAGGUUCAGACUGUUAUCUUUUCCGAAAAUGGGGCCGAGUUGGGAAUGAAAAGAUUGGGGGCAACAAGAUAGAGGAGUUGGCUAAGUCAGAUGCAAUAAGUGAAUUUAAGCGUUUGUUUCUUGAGAAGACUGGAAAUCCAUGGGAGGCAUGGGAACAACGGAAAAAUUUCCGGAAGCAACCUGGCAGAUUUUAUCCUUUGGACAUUGAUUAUGGGGUUAAUAAAAAUCUAUCUAAAAAGAAAAGCUUUGACAGUACAACAAGCAGACUGCCACCUGCAUUGGUAGAAUUGAUGAUGAUGCUGUUUAAUGUGGAGACAUACAGGUCUGCUAUGAUGGAAUUUGAGAUUAAUAUGUCUGAGAUGCCUUUGGGAAAACUAAGUAAACGUAACAUUCAGAAAGGUUUUGGGGCGUUAACAGAGAUACAGAAUUUGCUGAGUAGUACAGCUCAUGAUCCUGCCAGGCGAGAGAGCCUUAUAAUUGCUGCAAGCAAUCAGUUUUUUACUAUGAUACCUUCUAUUCAUCCACAUGUGAUCCGGGAUGAGGAUGAUUUUAAGUCAAAGGUGAAAAUGUUGGAAGCUCUUCAGGACAUAGAGAUAGCUUCAAGACUUGUAGGUUUUGGUGGUGAUGAUGGUGAUUCUCUUGACGACAAGUACAAGAAGUUAAGAUGUGAUAUUUCUCCACUUCCCCAUGACAGUGAAGAUUAUCUAUUGAUUGAGAAGUAUCUCCACUCUACUCAUGCUCCUACACAUACUCUAUGGUCUCUUGAAUUGGAAGAAGUCUUUGCUCUUGAAAGGGAAGGGGAGUACGACAAGUUUGCUCCGUACCGAGAGAAACUUGGUAACAAAAUGCUUCUGUGGCAUGGUUCUCGGUUAACAAACUUUGUGGGUAUACUUAGUCAAGGACUGAGAAUUGCUCCUCCUGAAGCUCCUGCAUCUGGAUACAUGUUUGGAAAGGGACUUUACUUUGCUGACCUAGUUAGUAAAAGUGCUCAAUACUGCUUCACCGACAAGAAAAAUCCUGUGGGAUUGAUGCUUCUCAGUGAAGUGGCCUUGGGAGAGGUUUAUGAGCUUACAAAUGCUAAGUAUAUGGAAAAGCCUCCUGCUGGGAAGCACUCAACCAAAGGCCUUGGCAAGAAUGUACCUCAAGAAUCAGGCUUUUUGAAGUGGCGGGGCGAUGUAGUCGUUCCUUGUGGAAGACCAGUAUCAACUCUUAAGCCCUCUGAGCUUUUGUACAAUGAGUACAUUGUCUAUAACACUGCUCAAGUUAAGCUGCAGUUCUUGUUGAAGGUGAGGUUUCAUCAUAAAUAGUAUUGAGGGGCCAUUGGAAGCUCGGUUUUAGCCCAGGAAUGGUGUUAUAAACAACUUUUGGUAUGGAUGAUCUAUCAACUUUGAAAUUGAGCUGGUUGAUUGUGCAGUUGUCUCUAUGUUGAAGUUAGCGUUUGUAAAAUCUUUAUCGAGAAGUAUGUUAGUUCUCUCCUAUUAUGGCUAGCUUCAGAUCUGGCUUUUCAUGUUGAUAUUGUAAAUGGUUUUUUUGUAAGUAGUGAAGAGAACUCUCCUUUAUCCUAGAUUCCUACUUGAUCUUUUUGUCGAUCUUUUGUCGAUUAUCUGGCUAAUGUUCGUCUUAGAUUAGCUAUGGAGGAGUAUGUAACCCAUUGCUGAUUACGAUUGAAAAUAGAGAGGGUUUUUCCUUUUGUUUC